AUGAACAAUAAAGACCUGCAGGACCCCUUAAAUUUUGUGCACGAAGACCAGACGAAGACCCGGGAGUGCCCCGGCAGCUCCAUCAACCCGCGGUUCCACGGCACCCUCCCCUCAGCGCCCGCCGCCACGAGGCCCCUCCCGCCGCCCGCGCGUCCCCUCGGCAAUGGCUGUGGCGGCGCCUCGCUCCGCCCGCCCGCCCGCCCCCCGCCCGCCAUGGCGGCGCCGCUGCAGCCUCGCUCGCAGCCCUGUGCCCAGCCCCGCGCCCAGCCCGCUGCCCAGCCCCAGCCGGGAGCCCCAGCCCCGCGAUGCCGGGACAUCACCGGCCCCAUGCCGCACGCCGUGGCGGUGAUAUCCAAGCCUUACAAGAAAAACGCCCUUGAAGAGGAGAUCUUGGCCGAGCGGGUGAGGGAGGGGGAUCGGCAGGAGUACGCUCGUGAGCUGCGGGUGUUCCAGCACUACCAAAACGUCUGCGACUGGCAGAAGAGCAGGGAACACAAAUGGGUGCACCGGGCAGUGGAGGAGAAGGCCCGGGCAAAAAUGUGCGACUAUCUGGAGGAGAUCGACGUGAGAAGAGACAGGCUUCGUGAGCUUCUGGAGGAAGAGGAGAUUAAGUACUUUGCUGAGAUGGACACACUUGCAAAAAUGGAGGCACAGGACAAAGAAGCAAAGAUGAAGGAACAAAUAAAAUUACUGAGAGAGAAGAGGGAAAGAGAAAGGCAACAACAGGUGGCUGAGAAACGAGAGCAGCAAUUCAGGAACCGCUGCGAUGAGUAUCGCACGCUGUAUGUGAGGAGGAACAAGAAGGAAACGAGCGACAGCCAGCUGGCCCAGCAGGCCCUAAAGGAGGAGCUGAAAAAGGAAGAGAAGAUGGAGGAGAGGAGGCUGGAGGAGAUCUGUGAGAAGGAACUAUUGGCUAAGGAUCACCAAGAGGAGCUGGAGAAGCAGAAAGCAUCGUGGCAGAUUCAGGAGAUGCAGAAUGUGCUCGAUGCCCAGGUGGUCGAGCUCAGCGCCCGCAAAGUGGAGGAGGAGCAGCUGAAGAAAGAGGAGGCUGAAUGGCUGCAAGAGCUGCUUAAGGACCAGCUUACUUACCUGGCACACCUGGUUGAACAGCUGGAGAAGGACAAAGAGCGAGAAGAAAAAGAUGAGAAGAUAUUCAAGGAAGAGAAUGAUCAGGUUUGGGCCGAGAGGCUUGAGAAAUUGAAACGAGAGAGGGAAGCUCGAUUUCAGCUGCUGAGUGAUGUCGUGAAUACCAGACAGCAGCAGAUGAAGGAGAAGUUGGAGAAAAAGGCAGAGAAGCAAUUAGAAAUUGCUGAAGAGAGGAAGCUAUUAGCUGAAACAUUCAGAGAAUACAAACGUUUGGAAGAACUAAAAUGUGCAAGAAAAAUACAGAAAGCCAAUGAAUACCAGGAUCAGCUCACGAGUCAGAUUUCCUACCGGCAGUACCUCCGUGAGGAAGAGGAAAAGGAGAGGAAACGGGAAUACGAGGCAGGGUUGGAAGCACAGAGGGAGUAUGAAGAAGAGGUGCAGUUCAUUCUGUCAGCACCCCGGGACUCCAUACUAAAAACCCACCCUAUGAGAAAAGCACUGAUGUCUGACUCUUAGGGGCAUCACUCACUAUGAUAUUUUAGCUCACUCGCCUUUAAAAACAUUUUCUAAGGGUGUUUAUGCCUGACUAGGGUUAGCAGAACUCUCUCCACUCUGAUACUCAAAACAUUUAAUUGGAAUUUAUAAGAAAUCUACUACUCCAAACUUUAUUUUUCCCCUAUGGAUUUUUUUUUUUUUGAGAAAACGACUGAUCCAAUAAAAAUGUUUGACAUUUUAAUUCGAGAAUACUGUAUGUUCUCUGCAGUAUAAUAGCGUAUUAUUAGGACACAUAAGACACAUAGACAUUCUUUAAAAUCUGCACCAAGAAAAUUUGUGGAAGACUUUCAGCAAACUUUUAUUAAAAUGCCUUUCUAACUGAAAA